GGGAAGUAUUCUGCAGUGUGAGGUGUGGAGUUGCCAAGAGGCGGUCUGAAGGCUUUGCUUCUCAGCACACCAAUAGUAAACUUAAUGGGAGACAGAGAGAGGGGGUGUGUAAGCAAACUUGAGCAAACACUGAGCUCUCUGCUGGUUGGGAUGCUUUAAAGCUCAGAAGAUGAAUAACCCUAAUCUUCAAGGUGGCCACAUCUUGGAGACAUCUAGCAACAGGAAAACUUCUGUGAGGAAAGCUACUGUGAGCUCCUACAAGAGCAACAGAGUCGGGAUUUCCUGCCAUUCUUUAAAUUUUCUCACCGGAGUCUUCUUUAUGCUCUUGGGCCAAAGUGGGCUACUCCUGGGACACCCACAGUGCCUCGAUUAUGGUCCUCCUUUCCAGCCUCCCUUCCACCUGGAGUUCUGCUCUGCCUAUGAAACUUUUGGUUGUUGUGAUCAGGACAAAGACAAUAUGAUUGCAGCCAAAUACUGGGAGGUGAUGGAUUAUAUCGAUCCGCAGGCUCACAAAUUGUGUGGAGGAUAUAUUAAAGAUAUUUUAUGCCAGGUAAGGCAAUGGGUGGGUUGUAACCUUCAUUAUGCGUCACUGAUAUACACUUGAUUGCAAAUUCUACUGUUGGUUUAUUUAUUUUUUUAAGGAGGGAAGACAGAGAACAGAAAUUAAAUAAAACUAAGCAGCUAUGUGUGUGUGUGUGUGUGUGUGUGUGUGUAGAAUAUAUAUAUGUUUAGCAGCAUCUUUAGCAGCUACAGGGGAAUAUAUAUAAGUCACAUCUUUCCUGCUUACAAAUUGUUAUAUAUGUAAAAAGAUAAAGUAAUAUUGUUCAGGGGGAGGAUGAGGAUAAUAUUCAAUUGAUUCAUUCUACAUAUCUGCUUAGCAUACAGGUAUUAAGCUAUAUAAUCUUAGGGUGUGGGUUGUUUUUUUUAAAUGUUUCAAACCAAUAUGACACAGUGGUGAAAAUCUCACAUCCUCACUCUCACAUGAAGGCUGGAGAGCAAGGAAUGAUUGUCUCCCCCCCCAGAAAUUUGAAGAUAGCUUGGAAGAGCAAUCACAGCUUGCAACUUGUUCACUCAUGCUACUUUAACCCCUGCUAAACAGAUUUUGUGGAUUUCAUAUCAGAAACCUGCCAAACCUGUUUGAACGGUGGCAAAAGUGCGACAAAAGAAAUACGAAUGCACACCCCGAGAAGCAAAAUCUCUUUGGACUGCUGUCUUCUUCUUGGCCUCCCUUUGGCAGGCCACUUAAGCUUUCUCGCAAAGUUGUUGUGAGGCUCAAGGCGAGCUGUGAAGCAGGGGGUUUUUGGGCUACAAAACACACUUUCAAGUUAAUAUUCUAGAUCAAAUGAAGCAGCAGUGGUGCUCUCCGUUGCUGGAAAGGUGGCAAAGCUAAUCAUUUUGUGUCUGGGGUUCGGAACAAAAAGAUAAGUGUUUCUUCCAUUUGCUUUGCAAAUAAAUGCAGACCGAGACUGGGCAGCGCUCGGAGGCUUAUGCAGGGCUGAGCAAAGUGGACCUUGGUGUUUUGAUUCCCAGAUGCCAUGAAGCGAUGUGUUUAGAUUGUGCUCCUGCCUGGUGCCCUGGAAAGCUGCAGUUCUGAAAGCAGCCUCAGAUCAAACAGCUGGCACCCAUGCCUUUUUGGAAAGGGUUCCCUCCAGUCUCAGUUGCUUGGUUCCUGCUCCCCCUGCUUUCUAGUGAAGGCUGCCCAUCUGGCUGAAAGCAGAAGCCGGCCAGUGUGUGUGUAGCAGGAGAACAAUGAGCAAAGGGUGCAGCUCCCAUUGGCAUCCUGCCUAUCCAGUGAUUUAUGAGCAGAAAGGGUUCCCCUUUUAAAGUGAGUCAUGGAGGUCAAUGAUUCACUCCUUGCCAGCACAAAGGAGCCAAAACACACACCAGGCAAACACUUAGCACUCUUCCAUCUAAGCUUCCUCAGCGCUAAAAUAUUAUCUGCAUGCACUGAAUGCGCUCUCUUCAAGGGGCAACACUGCUCAGAUUGUGAAGUCAAAAGGAAGCUGCUUAUUUUUAAAAAUAAUUCCAUAGCCACAGGAACCCAUAUUUUUCCCAGUGUGGGGCACUUUGUGUGUGUCAGGGGCAGGGAUGGAAUUGGUCUAAAGUAAAGCAAAGACAACCUGGAUGGAAAAUGAAGCCAGUGGUUCAGUUUACUUAGGACUUAAAGAUUUUGCCCCUCUUCAGAUAGCAAUGUGUUUGUUGCCCCGCUUAAUCUGAAAUGUAUUUUGGUCUGUCAGCAAAGGUGAGCCCUUCUGCUCCUUUUGCUGAAUGGGCCCCUCAGACCUCUGCCCCCAAAUCUUGCUGUGAUGGCACCACUGCUGGAAAUAGUGGAUAAAUGUGACGGUUCCUGACACUGAUUGAUUGAUUGAUUAAUUAAUUAAUUAAUGUCAGUCUUAGGGCCAAAGAGGAAGGUGACCUCAAAUAUGUCUUUGCACCCAAUAUGCAGAUCUUUUAAAAUGCAGUGGUGCCAGAGAGGGCAGGGAAUUCCUGCCUAUGCAAAUACUAGGUCCAGAGAAGGGAUUUCCUUUUGGACUGCAGCAGGGGGUGAAGGGUUAAACUCUCUCUCCUGUUAAUUAUCAGUUCCACCACCCAAGCUGAUGCAAAAAGUUUCACUUCAAAACCCCUGCUCAUUAAAUGCAGAAAAACACAUUUAACACACUGUGCCUUUAAAGCAUUUUUGAAGCAGGUUUUCCACACCUCAAAAAAAAUCCUAGUGUCUCUAAUUUAUCUCUCACAGUUACGGUUCCCACCAAACCUUGACAACUGGGACAAUGGUUAAUUCUGCAUAGCUCCACUUACUAUUAUGUGGAAACAACUUUUCAGGCAGGGAGACAGGGAGAGGAAAUCCUUAUAAAACGGCAGACACAGUAGUCACAGAGGGACCUAAAGACUUAAUAUUUCAUCAGCCCCUCUGAGAUAGAGCGUGGAACAAUGAGCAGAACACCAUUUGCAACCUCUCACAUAGAUGAGGAAAAAGGAACAGAUGGGCCAGCCUUUUACUGGCAAGGCGGCUUAAUCCUAGCAACUGUUAUGUAGACCCUUAGGAAUGUCUUGACCUCAGACAUUUUUAGCCGCAAAUGGGGGUUGCUUGCAUUCUCUGAAAGACAGCCCCUGCAGGGGCAAAGUUUGGACUUGAGACAAGGAGACACUGUCGGAUCCAAAGCAAAUGGUGGGACAAAGGCUUGUCAGAGGGGGCAUUUUGUUGAACUGCACUUCAGCAUACUAUACUGAGCUCUGAAGAUUUAGGCCCCAUCUGCCCUUUACAUUUAAAGCAGCAUCACACCACUUUAAACAGUCAUCAUAGCAUCUCUCAAAGAAUUAUGGGAACUGCAGUUUGUCAAGGAUGCUGAUACUUGUUCAGAUACUCUUAUUCCCUUCACAAAGCUACCAUUCCCAGAGCUCUCUGCAAAGAAGGAUUGAUCGCUAAACCACUUUGAGAUUCCCAGUUACAGUCGUAUCUUGGUUGAUGAACGCCUUAGCAGUCAAACUCCCAAACGCCACAAACUCGGAAGUGAGUGUUUCAGUUUGUGAAUGUUCUUUUGGAAGCCGAACGUCUGGCAGCCAAACGGAAGCUGCAUCUUGGAAGUCGAACGUUUUGGAAGUCAAACGGACUUCUGGAACGGAUUCCUUUUGGCUUCCAAGGUACAACUGUAUAGUCAAUAGUCAAACAAGAGCUUUGGAUUUAACAGGUUAGUUUUGGACUGGAAUAACAAAAAGCUAUGUAAGCAAGAAGAAGAGCAAGCAAGUAGUAGUAGUAGGUUCUCUGUGUGGAGAAGAUGGAGAAAUGCUAUUGUGUGAUGGCGAGAAUGGCACACUUCUUUGGACAUAGCUAUGGAAUCUGUCUCCACAAGAUGUGGUUGUGGCAGUCAAGUGCCAUCACAACAUAGAUAGCUUUUAAAGGGAGAAUAUGGAAGAUAUGGCUAUCACUGGCUGCUAAUAACAAUGGUUAUCAUACCCAACUGCCCCAAUAAAAUGGGAACACCCCAUUUUUGAGGUGCUUUCAUGCGAGAUCACAUCUCUCUCUCUCUCUCUCUCUCUCUCUCUCUCUCACACACACACACACACACACAAUUUUCUGUUUUACAAUUUAGAAUACUCAUUUAAACAUCCUUAAAAUAUCAAUGACCUUCCUUCUUCUCUUUCCAUGGUUCAUUUUGCAUAUCAUAAAUCCCUGCAUAUUUUACAUAAAAUAAACCAUUCAGUAUUCCAUUAUUACAUCCAUCAAAACGUAUUUACACUGUUGAAUUUAUCUUAAUGCUGCCAACGUUUUCAAAUGUACACAAUUUCCCCCCUUAGAUUCAAUAAACAUUUUCCAUUCUUCUUUAAACAUAGGUUCUUCUUGUUCUCUUAUUCUAUAUGUUAAGUCCGUGAGCUGCGCAUAUUCCAUCAGCUUAAGUUGCUAUUCUUCUUUAAUUGGGACCUCGCUUGUUUUCCAUUUUGGGGCUAACAAAACACAGGCCACAGUAGUGGCGUACAUAAAUAACCCUUUUUGAUACCUGGGAAUAUCCGUCUGAAUUAUCCCCAACAAAAAGGACUUUGGUAUUUUGGAAAAGUACUUUUAAACAAUUCUAGCCAUAUUGCAUCUUUCAGGGCCUUGCUCUCAUGCGAGCCACGUGACUCUCACAGGAGCACGGCCCCAAAAGCCGCACAUCCUGGUUUUCCGCUGGGGCAUGUGAGAGGGUAUGGGUUAUAUGCCACCUUCGGCAUCAGAGGCACCAUGCUCCGAAUACUGGUUGUUGGGUAAUAACAGUGGAAAAGGCUAUUUCCUCAUGUCCUGCAUGUGAGCUCUCCAUAGGCUUCUGGACGGCUGUUGUGAGAAACAAGAUGUUGGAUUAGGUCUGGGGUGGGGUACCUUUGGCUUUCCAGAUGUUGUUGGACUAUGUCUCCCAUCAUCUCCAACCAUCGGCCUUGCUGGUUGGGGCUGAUGGGAAUUGCAGUCCAACAGUAUCCAGAGGGCCAAAGGUCCCCCUGGAUUCAAUAGCCCUUUGGUCUGAUCCAAUGGGGCUGUUACGUUUCUUAAAAUCAGGAAGCAUUGCACACUUAGAAUUAUAGAAUCAUAAAAUUGUAGAGUUGGAAGGGAUCCUGAGGACCAUCAAGUCGAACUCCCUGCAACGUAGGAAUAUGCAGUUGUCCUAUGUGGGGAUCGAACCUGCAACCUUGGUAUUAUCAGUAGCAUGCUCCAACCAGCUGAGCUAUCCAGGCCUCCUAUUUGAGGUGUCUUUGUAAUACAUAAAUGUGCAGACUGAGCAGGCAUGACCGUGCUACAGCAGCAGCCACACAGAUCGAGUCCGUUGCACAGCACUUUCAGAAUGCUUUUUGCCCUUUAACAGGAAUGCUCACCCUACGCAGCUCAUCUUUACGAUGCCGAGAAUCCUCAGACGCCCCUGCGGAACCUGCCUGGCCUUUGCUCAGACUACUGUUCGGAGUUCCACCUCUACUGCCGUUCUGCCAUCACGUUGCUUACUGAUGACAAACACAUCCAGGAAUGCUGCGAGAGGAACAAGACCCGCUUCUGCAACCUGCUUAACAUCCAGGAUGAAGACUAUUGCUUCCCCGACGUGCUAAAAAACACAGACCUGAACCGUAACCUGGGCUCUGUGGUGGAGGACAAGAAAGGCUGCCUUCAGCUGUGCCUAAAAGAGGUGGCCAACGGGCUGAGGAAUCCUGUGCUGAUGGCGCACGCGAACGACAACACCCAUCGCAUGUUUGUGGCUGAACAAGUGGGCAUCAUCUGGGUCUUUCUUCCAGACGUAAGUCGCCUGGAAGAGCCUUUUCUGGAUAUUAAGAACAUGGUGCUGACCACCCCCUGGUUAGGAGAUGAAAGAGGUUUCCUCGGGAUGGCCUUCCACCCCAAAUACAAGGACAAUGGGAAAUUCUACAUUUAUUACUCCUACCAGGACAAGGAAAAGGUGGAGAAAAUCAGGAUCAGUGAAUUAAGAGUUUCUGUGUCAGAUGUCAACAAGGCUGAUGCAAGCACAGAAAGGUAAUGUUUUCCCCAAGCUUCCUUCCUUCUUCCAUCUUCUUGGGAUCUCUGCUUCCUCCCAAGGACUUAGGGUGAAGUUGUUGCCUUUAGUCCUCAUAUCGACUCUGUGCUAAAGCAAAUCCCAAAUCCCAACUGGGCUUCAAGAAACAAUGAAUUCUGUGCUCUGUGAUUUAUUUUCCCUGGCCAAGCAAAAGGACAAUUUUAUAGGUAUGUGGGUGGAGGUGGACUCAGGUGCUAAGCACUACUGUGCUAUCCAAGAUAAAAGAAUGCAUUCAGAUGUGGGAUUUGAACCCAGGUCGCUAGUAAGGGUGGGUAACCUUCAGCUCACAGACUAAUGCUGGCCAACAGAGGUUCCAGUUUGAUCCAUGAGGCCCAACCACAUCCUCCUGUCAAUCAGCUGAUGUCACUCAUGAUAUCAACUGAUGGGCGAAGUCCACAUUGUUCAUUGGUUGCGUGGGCCUGUUCCUAGCAGGCAACAGGUGUCUGCGGGCAAAGCAAAGGUGUGUGCUUUCCUUUGUAGCCACAGGCUAUAAGAGAGACUGCUCUGACUUGCAGCUGAUGCUUGCAAAAUGUGAUAGGGAGGGGAGAAAGGAGGUUUUGCCAGCCCUAUGCUCAGUACUUUGGAAAUAAUCUAGACAAAUCUUCAACCUGGAAAGUAGUUUCAGUUUCAGCCUGUAACAUGGGGGUUACUUGUGCAGCCUGAUUCCACUGUCUUCAGUGGAGAUCACUGCCAGGUUCAUUGGCUCUAUUUUUCCACCUAUAUAUGACAAACUGUAGUCUUCUAGGUGAGUGUUUUACUCCCUAUCUUAGACCAUGGCAUGGCCAGUUUUGGGUUCCUGACCCAUCAGUUGCAUCAGCCAAUGCUCUAGAGCAGAGACAGAGAACAGGACCCAGAUUCUGACAGGCUGGAUCCUGAGCUCUCUUGACAUUGUAGGGAAGGGCUACCCACUUUUCAAUCAUAAUUGAAGCCAGUGAUGAAAAGGAAUCCCUCCCCCCCCCUUUGUAGAUAUGACUUGAUCCAUGUUAACAGAGGAAAAAUGCUCCUUUGUGUUGUCGGCUUGAACUGAAGGUGGUCAUUCAAAGGAAGAAUCGGGAACACCCUCUGCAUCCAAACAUUGGCUCUUUGGGGAAUUUGGUGACUUUUCCAGUUGCUGUGCAGGGCCUAAUGUCCAGCGCAGAACCCAACCCAACCUAUCAUCUACCAGACCACAGUGUCUCCUAGUUUAUUGAGGGUCAUAGUUUUGAAUAUUUUUCCACCCACGUUCAAUUGCUGCCACCUCAAGAUGUGCCUGGAAGCAGGAUCGAUGUAUCGAGAAGUAUAUUGCCAAAUAGGAAUGGCUGGAUGCAGAAAGACCUUGCACAGUUAACACUCUUGCGCAGGGCUUUUUUUUUCCAGGUAGAGUUCACUGGUGCUCAGCUCCGGCAGCUGUCAGGUGGGCGCCAUUGCCAUUCUAAGAGGACAAGGGAGAAAUUCAUGGUGAGCUCUGGCACCUCUCUUUCUGGAAAAAUAGCACCGCUCCUGCAACCAGGAGCGGUGCUGAUCUGCCGUCAGGAUUUCCUGCUUUGACUACGGCUUAGACCUUCAGCGUGUUGUGCAGUCCACCACGGGUGAUUGCCUAUUGGCAUAAGAGUUAUCAUAGAUCAAAACAAAGCCAUUAAUUGACUUCCUUUCCAUAAGCAUUGAUGUAUGCAUGCUGAUGGAUGCAACACAUUCUGACCCAGCUUCUCUCCUGGGAGGGCAAGUGGGAGUGCCAGAUGUGCACUUAAGACGGCUCUAUCCAGCAGACAGAUUUCAUCAGAAGGAUAGAAUUAUCCCAGGAAUUUUAAGGUCCUUUUUUGCUUUGUCUAGGAAAAGGGAAAGAUUGAGCGCUAUGCAGAUAAGAUGUUCUGCUUAGUGACUGAAUAACUAAAAUACGUCUUUGAACUUAGUAAGGCCCUGAAUGUUAACCAGCCUUCCUCCCUUGCUCUUUUUCCUAGUUUCUGAUCUCUGUGUUUCUCUCUCCCCCCCUUCAGGAGUCUCUUAGAAAUCGAAGAACCAGCCGCAAACCAUAAUGGGGGACAGAUCCUCUUCGGCCUGGAUGGCUACAUGUACCUGUUUACAGGGGAUGGAGGGAAAGCCGGGGACCCUUUUGGUAAAUUUGGGAAUGCUCAGAACAGGUAAGGUCCAUCUUCAAUAAGUGCUGAUUGCAUAUGAGACAGCUUAGUUCGCCUUUAAAGGCAAAUUAUACUUUUAAAAAUAAUGCUGCUUUUCUGUUCAAGGGUGCUUUUUAAAGAUUAUUUUAUCAUUUAUCGCUUUAAAAAAAAAUAUUUCAUGUAAGUUCCCUUGUGUAUCAUUUGACAGAAGGUGCUGAUAUUCCAUCUAGUCAAGCAGCCAGCCAGCAUAUAUGGAAACUGCUACAACAGUCUCCCUUCUGUUUCUUUGUCACGUUCGUUAAUCCUUGUUUUAUGCCUUGAUUUCCUCUCAGGAGUAGUUUACUAGGAAAGGUUUUGCGGAUCGAUGUGGAUGGAAGAAGUUCUGACGGGAAGCCUUACCGCAUCCCCUCUGACAAUCCUUUUGCCUCUGACCCUCAAGCUCUCCCAGAAGUCUAUGCCUAUGGGGUGAGGAACAUGUGGCGUUGCUCUGUGGAUAGAGGUGACCCGCUCAGUCGUCAAGGAAGGGGGAGAAUUUUCUGCGGAGAUGUCGGCCAGAACAAGUUUGAAGAAGUGGACAUAAUUGUUAAAGGCGGGAACUACGGCUGGAGAGCCAAGGAAGGCUUUGAGUGCUAUGACAUCAAGCUUUGUCAAAAUUCCUCCUUAGGUAAAGAAUGUUACCUGUCAUUUUUAGUGUGUUCGUGGGAAGGCCUUAUCUUACCUGUAUUUGGUUUAACUGUUAAUUCUGCAGCUAUCAUUUUUGUCAUUCCUUUGUGAAGGGAUAGGAAGUGCACACACACUUCAUUAAGGAUAAGAUCCUUGGGGGCAAAGUUACAACAUUUAGAGUGCUUUAGCUUCAGGAAAAGGCAAGUACAGUCAUACCUCAUGUUACGUUUGCUUCAGGCAGGUUGCGCAUUUUCAGGUUGCGUCCCAUGGCGACCCGGAAGUACCGGAAAGGGUUACUUCUGGGUUUCGCCACUCGUGCAUGCGCAGACACGCGAAAUGAUGUCGCACACAUGCGCAGAAGUGGUGAAUUGCGAUCCGCGUGUGCGCGGAUGCGCAGACGCGGGUUGUGUUCUUUUCAGGUUGCGAACGGGCCUCCAGAACAGAUCCCAUUCGCAACCAGAGGUACCACUGUACAAGGAGACACGAUAGAGGCGUUUAAAAUCACACGAGGUGGGGAAAAUGAGUAGAGAAACAUUUUCUCUCUCCAUUUCUCAUAGAGCCUGGGGGCAUUCAGUGAAGUUGAACUGUGGAAGAUUCAGGGCAGACAAAAGAAAGUACUUCACACAGCGCACAUGAACUAUGGAAUUUGCUCCCGUAGGAAAUAGUUAUGGCCAACAACAUGACUGGCUUUAAAAGAAGAUUUGACAAAUACAUGGCAGAAAAGGCUAUUCAUGGCCACUAGUCGUGGUAGUGAUGAUCGACCUCCACUGCUGGAGGUCUCUGAAUAUGUGUAAUUUCAACACCCCUUCUCUCCAUUUUUAUGGUUAGUUAUUUUUAAACCAGUCUUGGGCCCAUCAGCCAUUCAACCAGAGGAUGCCUUCAAACAGAGGUCUGUCAGUUGCAAAGGUGAAUGCAUGGUGGUCCUAUAAACCAGUGUUUCCAUAUAAACCAAGAUAUCCCAAGGGGAUCACAGUGAACAAUGCGUAAAUGGGGGAACCACAGCACGAGGCUAGGGGGCCACAGAGGGAAAUGAGAAGUGAAGGGGGAAAUCCUGAUUGGCUAUCUAUCUGCUUGGCCAAUCACAAGUGGGUAGGGGGGCGGGCCACCAAGACCUAGUGCUCUCUCUCUCUCCCUUAUUUUUUUGCCACGGAUAGGUGUAGCCAGGAUUUUUGUUAGGGGGGCAGGUUUCUUUGGGGGGGCAGUGCCUCUGAUUUGUAUUGAUUUUCACUUAUUUGGGGGGCAGUUGUCUCCUGUGCCUAUGCCCAUGGGAGGGGCAACAGGAAGGAAACUAGGUCAGAUGGGGGCCACAGGCGGAAAAAGGUUGGACAACACGGCUAUAAACUACACUAAUUUUACUUUAAAUGCCCAGUUUGUUUUAGAAAAAAAAAUGCUCUUGCAUUGAAGAAGGAUGACUAUUUCCUUUUAAGAUAAUCAAACAGUUUUAAUUGACUAAAGUGCAUUUUCUCUGUUUUUAACAGAUGAUAUACUUCCAAUAUUUGCCUACAGCCAUUCAGUGGGAAAAUCAGUCACUGGAGGUUAUGUGUAUAGAGGAUGUGAGUCUCCAAACCUGAACGGCCUAUACAUAUUUGGUGAUUUUAUGAACGGGUAAGGAACAAACUUCUUUCCAUUGACUUUUCAGUACAGUAGGUAGGUUUCCUAUAGACCAUCUCAGAAUAUUGGUUUUUGGUUCAUCCCUAGUCAUGGGCUCAAACAGUUCAUGGCAACGGGGAGUAGCAAAAAGUAUUUACGGCCCAAGAGAAAGCCUUGGGUCUAUUUUGGGAUAUACCAGAAAGAGUUUUUCUAAGCUACAGUGGAACUGUGAAACCAUAAAACAUAUGCUUUUGUUUUUUCAUCCAGUCGGCUUAUGGCUUUGCAAGAAGAUGAGAGAGCAAAUAAAUGGAAGAAGCAAGACAUUUGUAUUGGUAGCGCUAAAGCCUGUGCCUUUCCAGGGAUGGUCAGCUCUUACAGCAAAUACAUCAUUUCUUUCGCUGAGGAUGAAGCAGGUAAUGUUGGUUGCUGUGUCUGUUUUCUUAGAAAAUCAUGUUUUUGGGAGGCCACCAACUCUGAGUUGCUCAACAACUUUUGGGGUGUCCUGGUUUUCUUUUCGAAAUAUGGCAACCCUGGAAUAGUCAGGAACCUGGAAGGCCACAUGGUUUCUUUAGGCUGGUGGUAGGUUACAGCUUGCGCAGGCCUGGCUUACAUAGAGAGGAAAAAUUGCACUAUUAUCAACCUGUUGCAACUUUGAUGAAUUUCACAUUCCUAGCUUUCUCCUCUCUUCCUGUUAUCUCCAGCUGAGCUCUAUUUUAUGGCUACGUCCUACCCCAGUGCCUUUGCACCACAUGGAUCGAUAUACAAAGUUGUGGAUCCUGCAAGGUGGGUACUUUUUCAAGUCCUUGAAUGUCCCUGUGUCCCGCUGAUUUUCUGAACAGCAUCGGCAACACACACACACAAACAUUCGUCAGUUUUCUUCCAGGGCGAUAGAUACUGUUAUGUACUGAAGUUCUCAUCCUGGGCCAGCAGGGGGAUACUGUAGAUAGUUUUCACUCAGGUCCACAUAUGCAAAUAAGGGAUUGAAAGUGACGUUCAGUGAUUGGAUAGUUACAGAAAAUGGUUACUGUUGUGUUCUAGUGGAGCUCUAUAUAAGCAGGCUGGCUGAACCCUUCAGCUCAGUUCUGUUCUGGCCUGUAAAUAAACAAGAGCUGUCUGAAGAAUCGCUGUGUCGUCUGAUAUGUUCACCCACAACUUAACAGAUACAACAGAAACACUCCAUUCACAUGACUGGAUUUCAGUUUCAUGCAUUAAACCUGCAGAACAACUAUGUUCCUGGGAAGCCACAGUUUCCUGCUCUGGCACUUGCAGGCCAAUCGACUAAUUUAAUUAAAAUGAAGUACAUUGAUUUAAAGCAAUUGGGCUCCAGUUAAAUCAGUGGGAGCCCACAGGCUUAAACUACUUUUAAGGGACUUGAGGGUUAGGAAACCAAGAGCCCUGAAAGCCCCACAAUUGUUUUCCCCGACCCUCUUUCCUUCAGAGAAUUCUGGGCACUGUAGUUUGUUAAAAGUUACUGGGAGUGGUAACUCUGUAAGGGUCCCCAGGAUUCUUUGAGGGAAGAAUGUCUCAUGAAGGUAUUUCGUGUGUGUGUGUGCAGUGCACAUAAUAACAAAAUACUGUGAAGCAUGGGAGCAUGUUCCAUCAGUAACAGGAAUUAAAUAUCGCAUAAGCUACUACACUUGAUAUCAAGAAACCUGACCCAAAACCCUAGGUCAUUCUUCCCCUGGUGGUUCAGAUGGUGCCAACUCUCAAGGAGUAAAAAACCAACCAUGUUAGGUAGAAGAGCUACCACCACUCCUGCUUUGUUCACCCAACUUGCGCAGGAGAUCUCAGGCUGUACUCUAGGGACUCAGCUACAGUAGUAAACAAAACAACCCAGUGAUUUGAACGUGUUAUAAACAUGCAACACCAGAUGGUGCCAGAGAGCACAAAACUUUUCCCUAGCGUUUUUACAUAGGGGUUCCCCACCCCUUGGUUAUAACGAUUUAAUUUCUGACUUAUUUAUAGUAUUUUUUCUUCUGUGUGUAAAGCCACACUAGCUGUCCCCAAGACCCCAAGGAGCAAGAGCUAAAUUACUGCUCUCUGCUUCUGAGGCCUCAGGCAAAAGAAGCCAGAUUACAGCAGUUGUAACUCGAGAGUCCAAGGAAUUGGUUUAGAACCAAGGCUUAACUAAAAUAAGCACACCCAAAAUGAAGAGGUGGAUGUUUUAUUAGUAAUAAUUGAAACAGCAGCAUAGCAUGAGACCUGUUUACCAAAUAGGAAAAAUUGGAAAGAAAUCUGGAGCGAGGCCUGGCCAGUGUUCAGUCUGCUGUUGCGCACAUCUCAGUUCAGUUACUCGUUUUAUAUUGUGUCUGUUUUCACCCCUACUGUAGGGAACUCUGUCCCCAUUUGUGCUCAAGGAGAGCUGGCCUGCAGGCAACCCGCAGCAUAGAAAGCAGACAAAAACACAUCUCUUUGUAGCUUGUAUUUAUUUUGAAGUUGAGACCAACCAUAGAAUUCGUCUGAGACUCAGGAACUAGUCUAGAAAAACAUGAGAGUUGUUGACAGAGCUUCCGUCCAAGGAAUGGCAGGGCACAUCAACAACAGUAAUAAAUAUUCACUGUUUGUCUAUCUCCUUUUAUCCAAAGGAUAUCCAAAAGAUUAAUGUACCAAGUAAGCAUCGCUUUUGCUCCCAAGCAGGGAAGACAUCCAGGCCUAUCAACAUUUGGGAUGCUUUUCUGGGCGGAUAGUAAUUUUCAUGUUCUUUUCACCUUGUUAUGAGAAUGUCAAGCAGUUCUGGGAAGCUUUAAUCUCUUUGAUACACACUUUCCAGAUUUUAUUUUUAUUUUUCUGAGCCUAUGGGUGCUUUCAGAUGUGCAUUUAUUGUGGGAUGGAUGCUUCUUAUGCAUGCAGGUUUGGUUUUGUUAUUGGGUUUUUUUUGCAGCAUCCACAUGAUGGCAUUGGCAUCAAACCACCAGCAUCUAUUUCCCUCCCAUUUAAUCUCUUUUUUUUGUGGGGGGAGGAGGAGAAUGUAAGGCUUUAAACACCACACACACACAACAAAAAAACAACAAAACUUACCAACCUGUUGUUCAUGCUAUCUGAGAAUGGGUAUUACUUCACCUUCGGUGGAAAAAGUGUCCAACAAGAAUUUCCAGGAAGAUCAGUGGACCUUUCUGCAGGUUUUUAGAAGUCUAUAUUCCCCAUUCAUUUCCCCAUGUUUGUGAAUUACACUCAAGAGAGACAGUGAGAACUGUCUCAACUUCUGUAGCAUUAAAAGGCCAUGGAGUUUUCAAGGGAGAAAUGUGAGAACUCAAACUCAUCAAAGCCAAACGACAUGUUAUAUUGUUUAACACUUUUUUUAAAAAGUGUGGUUAAACAGGCCUGUUUUAUAAAAUAAAAUAAAAUGUAGCUAUAGGGUCCAAUCUGGAUUGGGGCAUGUCAGGGAACUGCCAUCAGUGCUGGAGGGAGAGAGCAAAAUCCAGAGGGAUUCUGGAGAGCGUCCCGGGAUUCGGAGAGGCAGCCCAUCUUCUGGGGAAGAGAAUCAGCGUAGCACCAGUGGAGAAGGGGGGCAGAUGGGGGAAGCGGUGAGGCGGUCCCAUGACUCCUUGCCGGGGACCAGCGGGGAGAGUAGAGGUCCUCCGCUGCCUACGCCCUCCUUGCGCAGAAGGCUUUCGCGCAGAGAGAGUAGGAGGAGACUAGGCGUCAAAGAGCUUCUUUGCUGGAAGAAGUUUAAGAAACGCCCACUGACGGAUUCUGCCAGCGAUUGAGACAGCCACGGGUGAGUGGCUGUCCGGACAGAAAAGGUUCACUCAGGCAAUCCAGCCAGGUGUUUGCACCGGCUUACGCACAAGCAACCCCUAGAACCAUUACAGGGCACCAUGUGAGUUUCCUGUGGAAAAUCACUCACUUGCUCAUAUUUACCCUUGAAGUUGUUUCUUUUACUACAAAUGAAUUGCUCCCACAAAAUACUGAGAUUCCAGAGAACUUGCUUCUUUCAAAGAAUCCUGGGAAAUGUAGUUUGUUUAUGAAUGCUUUCGGGUGGCAUGGCUACCUAGCUCACGAUAAAAUAAAAGCACAUAGAGGAUUCACUAAUCAUUUGGUGAGAAAGGCCCUAUUCGAAGUCUGGGAAAGAAAUAAAACAAUGGUAACAGCCAAAACUCCCUGGUGGCUAUUACCUAUAGAGUCAUCAGCCUUGCAUAGAAGCAAUAUGAAAGAUAGCUGGCUAACAUAUAGGGAACUCAUAGAAGAGAUAAAAGAUCGCCCAACAGUAAAGAAAUUUGAAGAAUUAAAAGAGGGGGGGUGAAUUGGUUAGACUAUUUCCAAUUAAAAACAAUAUUUGAGAAGGAUAGUAAGCUUAAGGGGUUUGAUAAAAAAAUCUUGGUAUGGGAAAAGGAAAUUUUAUACAACAACGAACAGACUCUCUCAAAAAUAUAUAAACUGUUACAAAAUGGUAAAGUAGAAAAGGAGGAAAAAGGAGAGGCUAUUAAAAAUGGGAACAAGAUCUGGGCCACCCAAUGGAAUAUAAUGAAUGGGAAAGACUAUGGACAAAAAAUAUGAAUUUUACAGCACGUUACUUAAUAAGAGAGAACUAUAUGAAAAUGUAUCACAGGUGGUACCUGGCACCAGAAAGGCUUGCAAAAAUGAAUAAAACAUAUAAUAAUAAGUGCUGGAGAUGCAAGAGACAAAAAGGAACCUUCUACCAUAUGUGGUGGACAUGCCCUGAAAUUGGGAAAUUUUGGAGCAUGAUCCACAAAGAAAUAAAGAAAAUAUUAAGAAUAUCAUGUAGUAAAAGGCCAGAGGCAUUCCUUUUAGGAAUUUUAAAUGACGAUAUCCCAAAAGACAAAACUAAUUUUUUCUUAUACGCAACGUCUGCAGCAAGAAUCCUGGUGUCUAAGUACUGGAAAAGGAAUCAGUUACCCACUAGGGGAGAGUGGCUAUGUAAGCUCUCAGAAUACUUAGAAUUAGCUAAAUUGACAGAUAUAAUAAGACAAAAACCAAAAAGUGAAGUAAAAAAAGAAUGGGAGUGCCUAAAUGAAUACCUCAAAAGUCAAGGUUCGAGAGCAGAAAUCUGGCUGAGUCUGGAAUAACCUUGUGAAGUGAAAGGAUAUGAAAGAAGGAUUUAUAUCUAGAUGUUAGGAUAGAGUGGAUAAAGAAAACAGGAAAACAGGAAGACACAAUGAGAGAUAAAGGAGGUGCUGUGGGAUUGGUGGAAGUCAAUGUCUUGUUGUCUUUGUUUUAGUGUUUAUAAUAUUAACUUGUAAGAUAUGGAUUUGGUUUUUUUGUUUUGGUUUUUAAGUUUUCGAAUGUUGAUUUUUGUGUGUUGUGUAUUGUUAUUUUUUGAUAGCUUUUGUGUUGUUGUUGUGUGGAAAAUACUAAUAAAAUUAAUUAUUAAAAAAAAAAAGAAUGCUACGAACUGUAGCUCUAGGAGGGGCAAACUACAGUUCCCAGAAUUCUUUGGGAGGGCAUGUAUUUUAAAAGUAUGGCACGCAUGUGACCCGUUGGGAAUGAUAACUGUAUCACAGUUGCAAUUAAUUUAGCAGAGCAGUGGAAAGACUUAAAACCAAAGAUAUACCGGUAGUAGGCAAAUAUCAUCCACAGGAAACCUAAAUCAGGAAGAGAGUUCUUUUCAAGUACAAAAUGCCUGACAUUUUCCUUAACUGAAAAUCCACUUCUUCACAACGAGAGAAACUAAUGGAAGGAUUCGGGCAGGAUAUACCGGUAGCUUUUGUUCUGUUAGCAUCAGAGUGCUUUCAAGGUCUUUCGCUGGCAAGCUCAUGAUUUAACAGAAAGACUGAAGUUGGCUAUCUGCCUCUAGAAAACCACCACAAACACAGGCUUCCUUAUCCAUUCUCAAGAUGUCCACACAUAAUUUUUGUGACCGAAUCUGUUUGUUUUUUAGGAGAGCUCCACCAGGGAAAUGUAAACAGAAGCCUAUUCCAGUGAAAACAAAGAGUAAGCGAAUCCCAUUCAUUCCCCGUGCAAGUAAGUCAACAAGGAUAUGUGGCGUUUUUCUGUUUUGUUUGCUAUGUAGCACAAAAGCUAAGACACAUUGAAAGGAACUGUUGAUGUAUGCGCCAACCAUUAAAGGCUUCCAACUAAGUAAAUACUACAAUCAAUCAAUUAUCAAUUUAGUUACCCCCCCUCUUUAUUGUACACUUGUGAUUAUUUUGCUCAUGAUGGUAUUGGGGUGGUUAUACACAAUCACGUUUUGACACCGUUUGCACCUGCAAUCGCUUUUGCAAUGGACAUACUGCCAGGUUUCCAACUGGCGCAACAAAUGUUCUAGGAUUUGUGGGGUUUUUUUGGGGGGUGGGGAGGCAGGAAUUGGCUUGCUUUUGUUGUGCUGUAGUCCACCAGUGUCCUUCUAGGCGACACUAAUACCGUAUCGCUGGGGAAGCAUUGCAGAACAACAAAAAAAGUCAUGUGAUGUGUGGACACUCCAAUGUAAAUCCACCAUCAUUAAUGCAAUAGUACUGUAUCACUGACUUGUUUCAGAAUACGAAAAAACAACAAAACCCUCCAGUCUGAAUGUAUAUAUUCUGUUCUAUCUGUCUGAAUCAGAGGUGAACUUUUGAGCCUGGGGGGACCAGACCCUUAUCUGUCCCCACCCCCGUCGAAAGGUGGAUUGGAUACCAGUCCAAGUUGUCACUGAAACCGCCCACACCCUCCACAUUUCACCGAUGAAAAUAGGGAGGUCCCAUUCCAUAAUGAUAAUUUUACUAUUUAUACCCCACACAUCUUACUGGGUUGCUCCAGCCACUCUGGGCAGCUUCCAACAUAUACAGUGGUACCUCGGGUUACAUACGCUUCAGGUUACAUAUGCUUUAGGUUACAGACUCCGCUAACCCAGAAAUAGUACCUCGGGUUAAGAAUUUUGCUUCAGGAUGAGAACAGAAAUCGUGCUCCGGUGGCACGGCAGCAGCAGGAGGCCCCAUUAGCUAAAGUGGUGCUUCAGGUUAAGAACAGUUUCAGGUUAAGAACGGACCUCCGGAACGAAUUAAGUACUUAACCCGAGGUACCACUAUAUAAGAACAAAAUAAAACAUUAAACACUUAAAAAACCUGCCCUAUACAGGAUUGCCUUCAGACGGCUCGGGGGUCGGGAUAAUGCCAUACGCGCCAACAUUUCUCUAAGGAAAAUAGGGACAUCCUAAGGAAAAGGAGGACAUUCUGGGAUCAAAUCAGAAACCAGGAUGGCUUCUCUAAAUCAGGGAUGUCCCUGGAAAAUAGGGAUACUAGGCGGGUCUGUGCCGGCUAAAAUGAACCUUUUCUCUUCCAUUUUCAAAGCGGCUUGAGUGCAAACCACUUGGUGUUUGGCAUGUUCCUGCUCUCCGUCAGCUGAUGAACAGGGGGGACAAGUCUUGCUCCUGCAGAAGAGCAAUUUGGAGCUCACUUUAAGCUCUCGAUCAUUUCUUUAUGAUGGGAGUUGUAGUCCCAUGUGGCUACAUGGGUACCUGCUCCACACUUGAUGACAUCAGGUGGGGGGGCAGGUGGGCGUGGUUUUCAAGGGUUGGCCCUGUGGGCCUAAUCAAAAUCCCAACUUUGGCUCACUGGUCCAAGGCUUCCCAAACUUGGGUCUCUAGCUGUUUUUUGGACUACAACCCCCAUCAUCCCUAGCUAGCAGGACCAGUGGUCAAGGAUGAUGGGGAUUGUAGUCCAAAAGCAGCUGGAGACCCAAGUUUGGGAAACUCUGCACUGGUCAAUGGCUCCUCACCCCAAAACUAAAUGUUUGAAGCUUAGGGUGGAUUACACAAGCCAGCAAAUCGCUUCCUAACAGCUCAGAAUAUUUCCCAAGUCCCCCCCCCCUUUCCAUUUUAUCCUUACCACAAACCUGUGAGGUAGGUGAGGCUGAGGGAUAGACUGACUCAAGGCAGGGGUGCUAUUGUUAAGGGUGGCUGAGGGGUUCAGGCAAUGUUGCAAAGUUCUGUGAUAAUGACACCCCACCCACCAUUCUUAAAAAAUCGUUUUUGAUAUUACAAAUAUAGAUUUAUAACAAUACCAAAUAACAUAUCCAUAUAAAGAGAGAUCUCUGAAUCUCAAGACUUCCCCUCCAUGGGUCCUAUUGUCAACCUUCUCAACUGCAUAUUAUUUCAUAAUCUAUAUUUUAUAUCUAUCCAUAUUGUCCAUAGUAUUUGUUACAUUACAAGCGAGAUUAAAAUCCUGCUAAUGUUUCCAUCUGCUUACAGCGGUCUCCUCAAUAAAUUAUAAUUUUUUCCACUCUUUCUUGAAGUUUUUGUCUUUUUGGUCCCUGAGCUUUCCGGUCAGUUUUGCCAUUUUGGCGUAGUCUAACAGCUUGGUUUGCCAUUCCUCUCUGGUAGGGACUAUUUCUUCUUUCCAUCUCUGGACUAGUAGUGUCCGCGUUGCUGUUGUCACAUAUAUAAAUAAUCUUUUCUGUUCCUUUCCCACCCACCAUCUUAAGUUGCUCUGUAUCGCUGCUCCCCUAACCUGGGGAGAAAACAGCAAAGACCUGAUGAAGAGAGCGCAGCAGGUUAUAUUUUCUGAGAAUCCUCUGGAAAAACAAUCUCUCAAAGGACCUGUUGAUGGCAUUUUACCAUUGUACUGUUGAGAGUGUAUUAACUUAUGGUCUGUGUGUGUGGUUUGGGAGCUGCAUGGUCAGGGAAAAACAAUGCUGUCCAGGGUUGUAAAGACUGCGGAGAGAAUAACUGGGUGCACUCUUCCCACCUUGGAUCCAAUCUAUGUUUCCAGGUGCCAUAAGAAAGCUGCAGAGAUAGCGCAUGAUAGUGCACACCCCGGAAAUGAUCUCUUUCAGCUUCUGCCUUCUAGAAGAGAAGGUACAGGGUUAUAAAGACUAGGACUAGCUGCCUGAGAAACAGUUUGUAUCCAAAUGCGAUUUUGGUUUUAAAUGCAGUGUAAGGAGUCUCUAUGGGAGUAUAUUGUAUUUUAAAAAAGGAGUAUCAGAGUUUUUAGGGGGCUAACCAGGUUGGGAUAGCUGAGAUAGCAGGCUUGUUGGUUUUAAAGGUCUUAUGUAGAUUCCCCCCCCCCCCAAUUUUGUUGUUCUGUAUGGCACAAUGACAAUAAAGAUUAUCGUAUCGUAUCGUAAUUCAACCUGUUGAAACAAGGAUGGUAACCUCUUAAAAUGUCUUUUCACAGAAACCGUCCUUGAACUGCUUAAAGAGCGUCUUACAACCCGUCCCCCCAAAACAGCCUUCAAUGCUACUGAACCGCCCCCAAAUUCUUCCACUCAAAGGUCCAAGAAGCCUGUCUCCCACAAAGACCCUACUAAACGUAAGGGAGCGAAGGCUUCCAGGUCUGGCAGAAAGCAGCAAAUGACCCAAACCCCCAAGGCCCAGGGAUCCAAGAGGAAGUCGGACAGAACGGCGCAAAAGGCGAGGCUUCCACGGGUCUCGAAAGCGACGGUGACGACCUCCCCGCCAAAGAAAAAAGGCUCCCGGUUAACCAGAGCCCAAAAGAAACAGGUUCCAAAGCUGAAGUCAGCGGCUAAGGAGAAAAUGCAGAAGAAGAAAAAGAGGUCCGGCUUAAGAAGUGCUGCUUGAACUUCCAGUAUACACCAGUUAUGUGAAUAUAGAUGAAGUUGCUGGGCAACUUGCUUCCGUUCCGCUCUUAGUAAGAGAGUGAGAUCAGUGUGUAGUUUACACGCCAAAUAAAUAUAUAUAUGUAUAUGAAUGAAAGCAUUCCGCUCCAGGAAAAGCAAGCAGCUGCUAGGCCACUGUGGCAGAUGCAGCCAUUCGCUUAAUGAGGAGUUUAAAUGCCCCAGAUGGAUUCCAGGUUGUUGCUUUGCAGAAAUCUUACUCCGAUGACCGUUUAAUCAGUUUAAGGAGGCGACGCGGUGGCCAUUUACAGCAGUAUAGUUCUACAGGAAUGCCAGUGGGAUUGCUUUGGCUGUGUGAAGCAGCAACUGAUUUGCACCCUCUUCGGGAAAUUCAGUUCCCCCAUCGACUUGCAUGGCAAAAAGCACCACUGAAAAGAUGGCGAGGUUAAUAAGUCUGUGGUACUUUUGUCUCGGGGAGAGCAAGGCUGUAUCUCAAAAGGUUAGUAAGCAAGGAACAUUGGCUGCAUUUCAAUGGCUGAACAGUCUAAUAAAAUGCAAACCUUCUAAGGAAUUAACUACAGGGAGCAGAAUUAACUAAAUUGCCCAGUCUGAUAUUUUGAUGAUACUGGGCAGUUGAUUUUCUUUUAUCAGUUGCAACAUACAUUCUAAAGCACACGUGUUUUCUCUCUCCCUAUAAUAAAAUACUGGAUGAGAACAAAUAAA